AUGGGACUAUUUGAUGGAGACAUCCGUCUCCGUCAUUUCACGGAGAGCCAGAUGCCAAUUCUUGAACAAUGGGUGGACGCAAUGAUUGACCAUUCCAACCAGAUUAUGUCCACCACCACAGAGGGCCAGCUCUACAGCCGGUUGAAUGUCCCGAAUGUCAACGACCGUGAAAACCUUAAUUGGCAUUGUUGGAUAGUCGCGGAAAGCACCCAACGAACGUGGAUGAUGGCCGCUGGGAUUCAGGCAGUUUACUCAGUGAUGCAGCUGGGUAGAGUACCGCAAUGUACCGGAUCCAUGGUGAUCACUACAGGGCUAGGGAUCUGGGAGGCUUCAUCGGCUGAGACCUGGAGCAGACUAUGUCUGGAGACAAGGCUGGGCAUUUUGCGAAUGUCUGAAGCUGAGCGGUUGUUCGUGGAAGCUGCGCCGGAGGAAGUUGAUGAUUAUAUGAAGGUGUUCUUAGAAGCGACUUUUGGUAAGGAUCGGAUGGAAAGAUGGGUCCAGACCGGAAAGAUGAUUAUAUCUUGA